ACGUAUUCGUAAUCAUCAUACGCGCGCUCACCUUAACCAAAACUGGCUAUUGCCAUAUACGUAAUACCUACUUAAUGCAUUCUGACUGAUAUUUUAGUUUUAUUUCACUUGGCUGCUUUGAAUAGCUCACCCGAGCUAGUCAGCCUGCCAGUCGAUUAGACGUUUAGUCGGUUAGUCAGUGUGACAACUGUUGCCGCCUCGUCAGCUCUUCCUUUUGCUAGCUGCAACAUUGCAACAGUAACAACCACAAUAAGAUGGGCCUAUCGGAGACUACAGUGAAGCAUCUGCUGCUACUGCUGAACUUUGUGUAUACGGUACUCGGUCUGGUGCUGAUUGGUUUUGGCAUAUUCUUUCUAAUAUAUGUAACUUCGGUGAGCAUUGGUGAGAAUGUGGCUGGUGGCUUGAUCAUUGGUCUGGGCGUAGUUAUAGUCAUCAUUGCAAUCACGGGCUGUUUGGUUGCGGCACGCGAAUACUCCAGAGGUCUGCUCGUCUACAUAUUGGCUGUGGUGCUGCUGAUACUCACUCAGCUGCUGUUCCUCAGCAUGGUCUCGCACGGCACCCAGGACGGUCUUUCGGGCAGCAUAAAUGAGGGCUUCGAUAAGCUCUGGGAUGCCGAGCGCAAUGAAACUGGCGCAUUGGCCUAUUACGAGACCUGGCUACACUGUUGCGGUGUCAAUAACUCCGGAGACUACGCCGUCAUCCAUCACGCGGUGCCCAGAACCUGUUGUCCAGAGCUCAAGUGCGUCAGUCCCUCCAGUGUGUACAAAGUGGGUUGCAAGUCGCAGUUUGUAGAGUAUUUGGACGACAGGCUAUUGGUCUUUAAGAUUGUUUGCUGGCUGCUAGUAAUAGGCGAGGCUGCUGGCGCUUUCCUAGGCUGGAUGCUAUUGACGGGCUUAAAGAAUCAAGGACGCCGCAGCAACUCCGUUUGGAUGUAGACGUAAUUUAACACUAAGCCUUAAGUAUUAUUUUUUUUUAA